ACCUCCUGCUAUAUUUAAAUUCCAAGAUGUGCUCUGUAUGAGGGGGGAAGAGAUGAGAAGAAUACUUCAAACCACUGAGUGCUGACAGCUACUUUGACCCAAUAUCUCAUCUCAUCUUCUACUACCGCUUCACUGGGGUCGCAGGGGUCGCUGGAGCCUAUUGUCGGGUGAGAGGCAGGGUACACUCUGGACUGGUCACCAGUCUAUCACAGGGCUAACAGACAAACAACCAUUCACACUCACACUCACACCUAGGGUCAAUUUAGGGUCACCAAUUAGCCUAACAAUCAUGUCUUUGGAGGUGGAAGGAAACUGGAGUAUCUGGAGAAAACCCACGCAGACACGGAGCUGCAUUAGAACCUGGAUCUUCUCUCUGGGAGGCAUCGGUGCUAAAACUAAUUUUAAGAUGCAUUUCUCUCACAUGUGCCUUUCUGUAGCCUUCAAUACUUUGACACUUAAAAUCACAUCUUAAACAAUCACAAAUAGCUACUGUAAAUAAGUGUAAUAGUAUCAUAGCAUCAUAGUAAGUCUAAUGAAGCAAAAAGAUAAAACAUUUGAAGUUGAACGCCUGACAUGAGAUUUCUAUCAAAGUAGCCUUUUUACUCUGAGCGCUCAAAUGAGCUCAAGACCAGAUGUUAUUAUUUGGUUGUGUUUGGCGACACAGUCCGGUUCAUAAAAGCAGAGGUGCAGGGUUCAAAUUGCCGCUGAACUGUGAAGUGUACAUUCGUAACCAUGAGCUGACGUCCGCCUUCAAAAUAAAAGACGCUACGAUAGUGCCGGAUAUGACUUAUUGCUGUUACGUUUCUUCAUUGUACUUUUAGUGGCUUUCUCUUUCAUUGUUAUUUAUUUGUGUAAAAAAAGAUAGUAAUUUGCAUGCAGUCUUUGACGAUAGCUCAAAGCGUCAGUUUUUAUUGUGGAAAUACACACCGGAAUUUACCCUUUUUAUGUUAUUGCUUACUUGAUGCGGGUCUUAUAUCCAUCUGGAGAGGGCGCCGCAUCCCGUCCUGCUGGAGUCUGGAGUCUCAGGAAGGCGCCACGUUUGGACUCAGCGGGGGAUACUGAACCGGCAACAUGUCCUGUUUCCACAUCAGAGGGAUUUUUCUUACCUUGAGUUUGGCCUCAGCUGCUUUGUCGAGUCUGCACCCGGAAUGUGAAUACAUAUUUCAGCUGGAGAAAGAGGAGCGUCACUGCCUUCAGUAUAUCGCAGAGCAGGGAAACAAAAGCACAGAAGGUUGUCGGCCAUUCUGGGAUGCAGUCGCCUGUUGGCCUCAAGCAGCCACAGGGGAAACUGUUCAGAGAGCUUGUCCUGCAGUCUUCUCCCUCUUCAAAAACAACACAGGGUCGGUGAGCCGAAACUGCACCGGUGGAGGCUGGUCCAGGCCCUUCCCACCGUACCAUAUUGCCUGCAACGUGGACGAUGAUCUUCCUGAGACAGAGGAGUCAUACUUUGCCACAGUGAAGCUGAUAUACACCAUCGGCUACAGCAUCUCUCUGGUGGUGCUGGCUGUUGCUGUGUUCAUCCUUUUGUUCUUCAGGAGGCUGCGUUGCGCCAGGAACUUCAUUCACAUCCAGCUCUUUGUUACGUUCAUCCUGAAGGCUGUGGCAGUGUUCAUAAAGGAUGCUACUCUGUUCUCGGGCGACGACACCAACCACUGCACCCUUUCCACAUUUGCCUGUAAGGCCUCUGUGGUUUUCUGUCACUACUGUGUAAUGGCCAAUUUUUUUUGGCUCCUGAUGGAGGCGCUCUACCUCAAUUCCCUGCUGCUCUCCUCUUUCUAUCACAGAUGCCUCUGGGGCUUCAGCCUGCUGGGAUGGGGUGUGCCUGUGUUCUUCAUCAUCCUGUGGAUCGGAUCCAGGAUGUAUUUUGAAGACACAGAAUGUUGGGACAUCAACGAGGACUCACCCUACUGGUGGAUCAUCAAGGGCCCGAUUGUUGUCUCUAUAGCGUUCAAUUUUAUGCUCUUCAUGAAUAUCAUCAGAAUCCUGAUACAGAAGCUCAAUCCUCGUCUGAUCCAGUUCAAUAACUCCUCUCAGUACAGACGCCUGACUAAGUCCACCCUCCUCCUCAUCCCUUUGUUUGGCACUCACUACAUGUUCUUCAAUUUUCUGCCCGACUACUUCAACUUGAACCUGCGCCUCUGUAUCGAGCUCUGCAUGGGAUCCUUCCAGGGCCUUCUUGUAGCAGUCCUCUAUUGCUUCCUCAAUCAAGAGGUUCAGAAAGAGGUCCACAUGCAGUGGCUGAGGUGGCAGGAGAGGAGUUACGGGGUGGUGUCGCCUGCUGCAAAGGGCAGCCAGAUGGACACGCCUUUUUAGUGGCCUGACAUCUUCCCGCAGAGGCCGACCAAACAUUCACAAAGGACCGCUUCUUCAUCGCCUCUACAUCGCAUUGUACGACACAAUACCACUGGCUGCGGACCGCGCAUCAGUCCACGCUGUGUGACAGACUGCUUCAUUGACUGCACUCCCUCAGCCAGAACGGAGGACCUGGAGUGAACUUUCCAAAGUAGAACAAUGCUGAAAUCCCUUGACAUUUUACAGACACAUCCAACAAGACAGCUCCUGCCAGUCUUCAUAUGCAUUUCCCAAAGGGCACUGUGGUAACAAAUUUAGAAAGAUCACCUCUGAGAUUUCCUCUGAGGCAUGACAGGUCAAAUUAAAGAAUGAUAAUUUUGCUGAGCUGGAAGCUUAGCCUAACAAUUACAUAAUGAGCAAUUAGCAAGUGAAAUGUUGCAUACGAUUUGUUUUCAACUGUCGUAACUUGAAUUUCAAAGUGCUUACUGUGUAGAUGCUUCAGUGAGACAGUAUUCAUUUUUAAUCUGAUUGCAUUUGUCACAAGUUUCUUAUUGUAUUGUAUCCUGUUGAACAUGUGACACUGCAGCCAAACGACACACAAACAACUCACCACUCGACUCAAUCAAAUGACAAUUUAGUUGCAUUAUUGCUAAGGACUUUCAUAUUCUUCAUUGAUAUAACAUUAUGCAUCAUGACUGACCUCUGCUUUCAUUGUUGUUACUGCUACAUGGUUAGAUAUUGUAGAUGCACUGUCUUUUUGUCUUUGCACUUUUCUUUCCUGUAUCUAUUUGGGGAAAACCUGCACACUCUCGAAACUCGAUGGAAUGAAAAAAAUGCUAUAUUGCGUAGUGUAAAGGUUAAAGCCAAUGUAGCGUGUUGUGUCGUGUCUUGCUGAGUGGACGCCAAUGUGAAAGAAAUUGUCGCAUCUCCACUGCCAGCUGCUUUUCAGCACAUGAAUGGAACAUAAGUCUUUGUCUUGAUGAUAAUUCUUGAUUAUUUUAAUGUUAGUGCACACUAAUAACUGUACACUGCUUUCCUCUGAAUAAGUUCUAUGAAACAUGAGACAAAUGGUCAUACAGUUUCAAUAAUGACAAUGUGUUUUAGAUCACUUUUUGAGGGAAAUAACAUGACACUCUCAUAACGCCAUGUUCAUCAAGAUACAGAAAACGGUGACGUUUAUGCUACGUUAAUUCUUUGCCUUCAACUGAAUGUAUAAACUGGUCACUGUUAUACUAUUGUUGUUUUAUAGUCACUGCAUCUGGUUGUCGACGCUUUAUCUGUGCCUCUUUCUGUGAUGUUCCAAUGCCUUGUAAACCUUCGGGUUACAAGUUUAAACUACCAUUUUUACUCAGCGCAAAUAAAGAUUGCAUCAGCCGGCAGCUAUAAAAUAGUGAAACCGUGACAAAAGCUGAAGUCAUGAAAGUCGGUGUGGCUACACGUAGUUUUAAAACAAGCAGAAUUCGUUACAGAUUUUUAGGCCGUUCAUUACUUCAGUGCUAAUUAAGUGAUCCAUUCAAAAAAAUCUAGUUUGCUUCAGUAGAAUCUGAUUUUUGUGUUUAGGUUUAUCUCUACAGUGUUGCAGUGAUUGUUUCAAUACACAGUUUAGAUGAAUAAAGGUAAAUUUAUUAAUAGUCUUAUGCUGUGUACAUUAUGUUUCCUGUUUAACUGCUUUAUCAUCUAGUGAGCUGUUACUGUCGAACAGUAACAAGCUGGUGGAGAGGAGAAGCAAUUAGAAGAUGGUUUCCAGCGGGAAACUAUUAAAACCAUGGCAACCCAUUAGAUCCUUCACCUCCAAUAUUUCCACUCCCUCCCUAAAGUUUGUAGUCUUCCUUUUUAAGUGUAUAGAUUAAAGAGAUGUGGACAGAAGACAAACAAUGUGAACAGGAGAUGGGAUCUUUAUUCAACAGAUGCUAACAAUCAAGGCAUCCUUGAACUAGAGCGACAAUUAAAUUAACCUUUAUGUAAUCAAUCCCAUGAUCUAAGGAAAUGUCUUUUGAGAUGGAGACCUACCUGACACAGCAAUAUGAAAGUUGAUGACAUAACAAAAUAAAAACCAGUAAUUGAUAAAAGAAUUAAAAAAAAACCCACAUAGUAAAAAAAAAAAAAAAAAAAAAAAAAAAAAUAGACUACAGUGUGAUAACAGAUGCAGAUUCUUCCAUACUCAUCAUAAAUUUUGCCAUGUUCAUCAUAUUCAUCAGCUCUCUCUCUACAUUAGGGCAGCCGUAGCAUGUCUUGAGAUCUGAUAAUGAUUGCAAGAUGAGCCCUGGGAAAUAAAUUUUCAAAGCUGUGACGGCAGCACAGAAUGGCUCAGUCAAGUCUAAUGAAAUUCCCGCUCAUCUGUGAGCGGUUUUAAUUUAGCUUAAAUUAAGCCCAACUGGGGGGGGCUUUUUGUGAAAUUUACUCUCAAAUUAGUCAAAGAAAGCUUCCACGCAAAGGCACAGAUUUCACCUCCUGGUUUUGGAAAGUAUUUCCAAAUUAAACUACACUGCAGUUCCAUACCAGUACAUUCUCUCAGAAUGUAAUGUAAUGACAUCGUGGUUAUCUUUAGAAUUUAGACUUAGACUGAAGAUAAUGGAUAAUACAAGAAGUUACCAUGUUGUUAAAGGUAAAACAAAACUUUUCUAAUAUUUCUGAUAGCUCAGAUAGUGUUUCUAUUUAUAUUUUUACCAUUGACAUGGUUUCAUCUCACCAAAAAUGAAUCAUUAAUUAAAUUCUCCAAAACGCAAA